CACGGAUUGCCACUCGACAGCCGCUCAUGGUCCGCGCAGUAUGAUGCGUUCGCUGACAAGUACCGUAACAUCUUUGUUGAUCUGCGAGGUUAUGGAGCAUCGUCUAAACUUCCUGCAGCCGUAAAAGAUGUGACGCAGCUUUACUGUGACGACAUUCUCGCCGUGAUGGAUCAUCUCGAGAUUCCCAAGGCGAAUGUCGUGGGAUUCGCGUCAGCUGGACAUGUUGCUCUGCGAUUUGCAGCGCUGCAGGCCGACCGCGUAAAUAAGCUUGUUACUUUGAAUGCUAGUCCAAAAUUCAAGCGAAACGACACUGAUUAUCCAAACGGCUUCACCGAGGAGCAACUGAACGAUCAUUUUGUUGCUGCCAGCGAUCGGGGCAUUGAGGAGGUAACCAAUGCUAUUCUCGAUCCAGCGGUUGUGUUCCAAGAUCUUACGGCAGAAGACGCGUAUAAGGUUGCUUCAUGGUUCCGUACCAUGGCUUAUAAUGCUGGCACUGACACCUUGAAUGGUUUCUUCAAGAUUAUGGCCCAUGAUGAUGAUCGUCAGUAUGUUCCUCGGGUCAAGGCACCAACGCUUUUGAUCUCGUCAUCUCUUGGAAAGGAGGUUCCCGCUGCUACAGCCUUGUACCUGCGACAAAAUCUC